GUGGAAAAGAAGUCCGCGGCAGGGGCCGCGUGUUGCGAGGGUGCUACCGACAUUGGUAGCGGAGCCAGGGAAAGCCCUGGCUCCCAGUGGCCCUUUCUAGGUAGAUUGGUGCCGGCCACAGAGCACUUUGUGUGUGCAGCGGGCUGGAUGUCAAAGGGUAUGACUUUGUUGGAACGAGUUCGAGCAAAGCUGAGGUCUUCUGAUGAGAAGGUCAAAGAUGAGACCACCCCUUUUCAGAUCUCCCUGGUGUCAUCCCCAGGAUAUGCAGUUCUGGACUCUGGAUGCGGAAAGACCAUCAUAGGAGCUGCGACUUUAGAGUCCUUCAGGAAGAUCUGGAAUAUAGCAGGUAUCAAUCAGCCUGAACCCUAUGCUGAGGAGAACGUGUUCCGGUUUGGUAAUGGAUCCAGUGAAGUGUCCAAGACUGCAAUCGAAUUGCCAGUGUGUCUUGCCGAGCGGCAAGGCGUGAUCAGAGCUGCAAUUGUCAAAGGAGACGCUCCCUUGUUGUUGUCUCGCCCUGCAAUGAAGACACUGGCUGCUGAGAUGGAUUUUGCAAAGGAUGAGCUGCGCCUUUUUGGAGGCAACACUGCUGUGUCCAUGCAAGUGAACACCGCUGGUCAAUACAUGAUUCCAGUGACGGAAUUUCCAGUACAGCAGCCGCUGCCCAAGAUCGUGAAAGAGCCUGCCACCACAGUGUUGGCGAUCGAAAGCGAUGACCCUGAGCCUGCAUCCGAACAGCCCUCGCCUGAGGGUGAAUGCACCACUGCAUCCGUGACAUCCGAUGCCGUUCCAGUGCCCAGGGAAGGGGUUGUAAUGAGUACCGACCGUGAGACCUUGAUGACCCAGUGGACUCCCAAGCAGUCCCGUCAACUUGCACAACAGGUCGGGAAGUUGGAACAGUCUAGGACCAAUCUAGCUGACGCCCUGACCACUCCAAAUGAGCUGGCCGGAUCAGUGAUCCACGUGACAGUGUAUGGAAUGACUCCAGCACAGUUCAUUUUUGGACGUAAUCCCAAGAUUCCUGAGAACUUGAUGGAUGAGCCAUGUGAGGUCAUUCCAGCAACUGCAUCCUUGUACGUAGGCCGCAACCUGGUGAUCGUGCACAAGCGACAAGUGCUGCGAUGUGCGCCCGAGCAAAUCCGGGCUUCAACAACAGAAGAACGGCAGUUGGUGCGCGCUCCACAUGCAGAGUUACUAGGAUUGAAGCAUGCCUUUGAAACUGGUCAGAUUGCGAGUCGUCAGUAUGUUGACCUAGUGUCUGGUGAUUACCCUACUGUGGCUGCAGAACCUGCUGAGCAGUCCAAGAUGUUGCCUGAUGAGCCAGAGUCUGCACCGCCGUCCGUUGCCAGUGAUCACCCGAGAGCAAUCGAGCCUCUCAGUCCUGCCCCGGCUGAAGAAGGGGUCCGGCACAGGUUCCAAGAACCGAUGCUGCGAGUGCUGCCGCUGAGUCGAGUAG